UUGAAACACGCCCUUUUAAAAACAAUCACCCCGCCCACCCGCCCGUAAAAACAAUUACCCCGCCCGCCGUAAAAACAAUUGCCCCCCCGUCCGUAAAAACAAUUGCCCCUCCCGCCGUAAAAACAAUUACCCCGCCC